UCAAAUUCUUAGCAAUCUCAUUACUAUAUUUCUUGCUCUCCCCUUUCACUUCAUGUUUCCUCAACAGCCCACAGCUUUUUUCAAUAAAAUCAACAAUUCAACAUUUAAUUAGUUUAAUACUUCCCUUUCUUUCCCUAUUAACCAUCAUUUUUUCCCCUUCUCUCACUAAUUUGCUUUUCAAUCUUCUCUCUUCUCUUGUCUCCUUGUGCUCUUUCAAUUCCUUAGUAUACUUCAAUACAAAACCCAAAUCCCUUUUUUUCUUCUCCUAAAUCAUACUUUGAUCUGGGCCUUAAAAUUUUUUUCUUCAAACAUAUGUUUUUGCUUCUUGGUUUUUUGAUUGCAUUUUGAAUAUCUUAAUUCGUUUAAUGUGAAAGGGUUUUCCUUGGUGAUGUUAUGGCUUCUCUUAUCUCUUGAGGAAUUAGGACCCUUGAAACUGUGUCUUAAAUUUGAACUCUAGAUUUAUGGGUAGAGUAAGAGGAAAAAGCAAGAAGCAAACUGUUGCAGUUCAUAAAGAUGUAGGGAGGGAAAAAGAGGAGAAAAUCCCGGCCUCGAAGCGAAGAGGAAGGCCACAAAAACCCAUGAAAGACGAGGUUGAAGAUGAAGAGAUCGAAAAUGGGAAGUGUAACAUGACAGACAAAAGCUUAGAAAGUGAUGAUCAUGCUGAAAAUGGAGCAAAAAGGAAGAGAUCCUUACAAGUAAAAGAAGAUUCAAAUGGCUUAGAAGCUAAAUCUGUUGCCAAUGAUUCAGUAAAAUCAGUAGGGUUUAGGCAAAUUGGAAGUAGGAGAAAAAACAAGCCUCGUCGAGCAGCCGAAGUUGGGGUAGAAUGCAAUUGAGAUUACAGAUGCUGCCAUGGCUUCAUGAUCAUCAUCAUCGUAUUCGGUGAAUCCCGCUCAUAAAAACUAUUCCAUGGCUUCAUUACUCUCGUUUUGUCAAGUUUUAAGCAGAACCAGAGUCAAGUCUUAGUUGGCUCAUUUAUUGUGUUCAUUGUAUCCAUAGUUGAUUUUGCUUAAAUACUUCAUUUUCACCAUUGAGAUUGUGGAUUUUCUCUGAUGAACAUAAAUUGCUUUUUUAGAGCUUAUGGCAUUUACUGGAU